AUGGCUACGUACGGUCGAAUAGAUGAAUACGACGAGAGUGAAGAAUGGACACAGUAUGUGGAGCGAAUGGAUCACUAUUUCGAAGCGAAUGAUAUCGAAGACAAAGAUAAGAAACGUUCGAUUUUCCUGAGUGUUAUAGGUGCGAAAACCUAUAAACUACUGCGAGGUUUAAUACGGCCAGAGGUUCCGAACAAAUUGUCAUAUGAAGAAUUAUCUGAAGCUAUAAAAAACCAUUAUGUUCCGAAGCCAUCAGUAAUUGUACAACGUUAUAAAUUUAAUACUCGGGUCAGAAGAAACGACGAAUCAAUCUCGACUUUUAUGGCCGAACUUCGGGCAUUGUCUGAACAUUGUGAGUUCGGUAGUGCAUUAGAUGAAAUGUUAAGAGAUCGAUUAGUCUGUGGUGUCAACGAAGAUCGAAUACAGAGACGUUUACUGGCUGAACCGACAUUAGAUUUAAAACGAGCUUUAGAAAUUGCACACGGGAUGGAAACAGCCGCUAAAGAUGGUCGUGACUUGAAGGGAGAAAUGCCAAAUAAACACUCGAUGAAUAAAUUACACGGCGGUAGACACAGCGACGAAUACAAAGAAUGUUAUCGUUGUGGUGGUAAACACGACCAUACAAAGUGCCGGUUUAAAACUGAAAAGUGCCAUCAAUGCGGUAAAAUUGGACACAUAGCGAAAGUGUGCCGAAGUUCUAAGAAGGUUUCAAGCGAGAAACGACUAAAGCAAGGGAAAAACUUUCGGGGGAAAAAAGGACGGGAUUCGGAAAUGAAUAAAGUUGAACAGCAUCAACGCGACGAAGAGCUAGCGUAUAAUUUAUUCAGCUUCAAAGACAAAGAGAAAACACCGCCGUAUCGCGAAAAAAUGACAGUGAAUG